AUGUUUUUGACUGGAACCAGAGGAACAGCUCACCUGCCUCUGUCCAACGAUCACCAGACGGCUUUCUGUACGGAGUUCUCUGCUGAGCUGGAGACUCACAUCAACACAGUGCUGUGUGCUGUCCAGGCGCUGGUGAAGAGGAGGGAGAGAGAGCAGCCUGGAGACGUGAAGACAGAGGGUGCUGAGGAGGAAGAGAAAGGGGAUGAACAGCCUGUUGAGGACCUGCUGAAGCCAGGUCACCUGACUUUGCUGCUGGAGGGGGAGCUGGAGGCCGAGGUGGGGGCUCUGAGUCUGGGAGAGGUCAGCGCAGGGCUGGAGAGGCUGCUGGACCUCCUGAGGACCCGCAGAGACUCCUGCCAGCCCCUGCAGCUCCAGGAGGUGGACAGAGCGGUCAGGAUGCUGGUGCAGCUGGAGCCGCUGCUGGGGGUGUACUCGGACACGGUGCGCUCCUACAUGGCUGUGUGUCUGGGGGCUCACAGGAGCACCGGCAAGCUGCUGUCAGUGCUGGCCAACAUCUUCAGCGAGCUCGCUCAGAAGGGUUUCUGCCUGCCUCAGGAGCUGAUGGCUGGUGGAGAUGGAGAAGGAGCCACGGAGUUCCACGAGAAUGAGGGCGGAGGAAUAGGAGAGGGAGAGGGCUCCAAAGACGUCAGCGACAAGAUCGAGAAUGAGGAUCAGGUGGAGGACACUCUGCAGGAGGGUCAGGAGAAGGAGGAGGAGCAGGAUAAAGGGAAUAUCAAGGCGGAGGACAACGCCAUCGAGAUGUCAGAUGACUUUGAUGGCCAGAUGCAUGAUGGGGAUGAGAAUGAAGCAGGUGAAGAUGAGGACUCGGGGAAAGAGGAGGACCAGGAUCUGGAUAAGAAGAUGGGUGACCUGGGGGAAGGACAGACAGACACUCUGGAUGAGAGGAUGUGGGGGGAUGAUGAUGAUGAUGAUGAUGAGGAGGAGGAAGGAAGUGACAAGGAGGAAGAGUCCGGCCAGGGCAUGGAUGAGGGAGAAUCUGAGAUGGUUGCUAACGACGACAACUUGGAUGCUGCAGACCCCAACAAAGACAAGAAGAAGCAGGACAAAGAUGAGCAGAUGGACGUGGAGGAGAAAGAAAAGAUCAAUGAACAAGGAGAUGAGCGUGAGUUUGAUGAGAAUGAAGUGGACCCCUACCACGGUCAGCAGGACAAGAGGCCGGACCCCGAGGCCAUGGAUCUGCCUGAGGACCUGAACCUGGACCAGGAUGAAGAGGCUGGAGGCGAGGGAGAGGAGGGCGAGGGGGAAGAAGAGAAUCCGUUUGACAUUGAUGAGAAGUCAACGGCCCUGGAUGAGAAGGAGGAGGACGGACAGAAAGAGGGAGAGGAGGAGGAAGGAGCUGAAAAGAUGGAGAAGGAGCAGACAGAGCUGCCAGGAGAGGAAAAGGGUCAGGAGCCCAAGACUGAAGAGGAGGAGGAGCAGGAGGGGGGAGGAGGAGAGAAGGCUGAGGGAGACGAAGAGUCUGCUGAGAAAAAUGAAGAAGAAGAGGAGAAGGAGAAAGGAGAGGAGGCAGGAAGAGACAAAGAUCUGAGUGUUCCAAAUGACGAAGGACAAAAACCAAAGGAGGAGGAAGGAGCAGGGGAGGAUGAGGAGCAGCCGGAGUCAGCGGAGAGGAAGGAGCACAACACGGAGGGUCAGACCGGAGAGCAGAACGUCCAGAGCGACACGGCCGUGGAGCUGGGGGGGGAGGCCUCCGAGAGAGAGCAGGCCAAAGAGGAGCACGGGACUGGUUCUGCUGAUGCCAGCCAAUCAGAGGGCCACCAGUCCAAGCUGACAGCCAGGAUGGCCUCACAGAAACAGACCCAGAACAAGACCCAGAGCUUCAAGAGGAAACCCGGUCAGGCGGACAACGAGCGCUCGACGGGCGACUACAACGAGCGAAUCAACAAGCGGCUGCGCACAGUGGAGAGCAGCAAGGAGCGCAGCGAGGAGAGGAAGCAGAGCAACGCCCAGCAGGAGUCAGACCUGUACGAGCACAUCCAGCAGGGGGAGAGCGCCUACGACACGCAGACAUACGGUCAGUGA